CUUCAAAACCCCAAACCCUCAGCUUCUUCUGUUUCUUCAAGAUCUAUGCAAGAUAUGGUUUUGAUGGAUGAACAGGAGGAGAAGGGUGUGCCUGCGGGAAAUGCUAAAGAAUCGACAGUGGCCGGUAGUGUACAUGUAGCUGGUGGGAGUGAAACUGUAGUUGAGUCUAUGGAUUGUGAUGUUCAGGGUCAGGUUGAGGGAUCUUUCGCUGAGGGCAUGGAGGGAGAGGAAGGCGGUUCUUGUAAUGGCGAUGAUAUAAUGGUGGAGGUUUUGGGUUCUCAUGUCUAUGUUGAUGGUAUUUGUACUACUGAUGGUGGAGGUGGGUUUGGGGGCGAUUCAAAUGAUAAAUUUGUUUCAGACAGUAGAGGAUCAUCAAAUCCUGAGACUGGGGCUACAUGUGAGAAUUUAGAGGGAGAAGCAACAGCAGGGGGACAGAGAGCUAAGGAGGUGAUUGAGGAGAAGAUCGGCAUAAAUGCAGAACAUGGUGGGGAGAAGGAUGAUGGCGGGGAAGAAGCAAAUAAGGUGGGAAUAAUUUCGAGUAGCAAACAGGCAUCAAUGGAUGAAACUGCUGCUGGGGUGGUGGGGAAAAAUGCUGAUGUUGAUGGAAACCUCAAAUCCUUGGGUGCAACGCCACAAGUUGCUGCGGAAGGGGAAACUACAGAAGAGGUUAUUCUUUCUGAAGUUAAAGAUUCAAUAUCCUUGUCUGAACAAACUAAAUCAGUCGGAGAUCUGCUCAACAAUAAGGUAAAUCCAAAUCCAAUAAAAGAAAUUCACAAUCAAGGCACUGAUGCUAAACAGCAGCAGGUGAAGGCUGAUGCGCAGGGCAGGAGGGCUGAAAAUCAUGACAAUAUAUCUCCUGAUAUUCAUGAAGUUGCAACAGGGAAUGAUCAGGAUUUGAAGGAUAAUCAACAACUUGGAAUUGAGGAGUGCUUUGACCAGAGUAUGACUUCUGCUUCUGCUCAGGUCAAUUCAGGUACCAUGGAAGCAAUGGAAGUUGAAAAACCAGUUGAAAAACAAUUGGUUGAGAUGGUAGGUAGUGGCAAUGAAAAUCUUAGCAAUGGAGGUGAAGUAGCACGUGUGAAUGACACAGAUUUGAAUCCACAGUUGAAGUCUGGAGAAUGCAUGGAUCAGAGGGCACCUUAUGGUUUCCCUGCGGUUGAUUCUAUUGUAGGACAAGAUAUGAGUGCUGACGAGCAAGGUACUGGCACUGAACAGGCUAUUCUACAGCAAGGGCAAGAGAUGGAAGUUGAACAAUACAAUCCUGAUCCUCAGCAGGCAAGUAACGGUGAGGAAAAGAAUGUUAAAUGGACAGCUAUGGAACCUGGGAUCUCAGGGACAGUGCAACAAGCAAAGUAUCAGCUGCCCCAGGAGGAUGAACGUGAGUUUUCUGUGUCAGAUUUGGUGUGGGGUAAAGUGAGGAGUCAUCCAUGGUGGCCAGGACAGAUAUUUGAUCCUUCAGAUUCAUCCGAGAAGGCAAUGAAGUAUCAUAAAAAGGAAAGCUUUUUGGUAGCAUAUUUUGGUGAUCGAACAUUUGCUUGGAAUGAAGCUUCUCUUUUGAAGCCUUUCCGAACAUAUUUCUCCCAGAUAGAGAAGCAGAGCAAUUUGGAAGCAUUCCAGAAUGCUGUUGAUUGUGCUUUGGAAGAAGUGUCCAGACGGGUAGAGUGGGGACUGGCUUGCUCUUGCAUACCAAAGGAUGUCUAUGAGAAGAUCAGAUUCCAAAUAGUGGAGAAUACUGGAGUUCAGGAUGGUGUAAAAGAUGGUGGUGACAGAUCCUUGAGUGCUAAUUCUUUUGAGCCCAAUAAGUUUGUUGACUAUAUAAAAGCAUUGGCAGAGUCUUCAUCUGUUGGUGGGGAUCGACUUGAUCUUGUGAUUGCUAAAGCUCAGUUGUUGGCCUUCCAUCGAUUAAGGGGUUACCAUCAGCUGCCUGAAUUUCAAUUGUGUGGGGGAUUGUUGGAAAGUGAUUCGGUUCCUGAUGAGAAAAUGCAAUUUGGCGAGGCAAUUGAGCGUGUGACUCCCAUGGAUGAAGAUGAUGAAAAAGUUUCCUCUGGCCAUGAGAUUUCACAAGCCCAGAGAACUUCGUACCUUAAGCGCAAACAUAAUUUGAAGGAUGGAAUGUAUCCUAGUAAGAAGGAAAGAAGCUUGUCUGAAUUAAUGGGUGAUGCAUUCAAUUCACUGGAUGGUGAAAAUGGUUUAGAUGGGAAAGCUAAUAGUAAGCUGGCUUCUGCAUCUUCUGGCAAGAGAAGAAAAGCUGUUGAUUCCCCUGUUAAUUCUCCCAAGCCAUCCUUCAAAAUUGGUGAGUGUAUCCGCAGAGUUGCAAGCCAAAUGACUGGGUCUCCAUCUAUCCUCAAGGGUAGCAGUGAAAGGUUACAGAAACUUGAAGGAGGUAUUGAUAGUCCCACUGGGGAUGGAAUUGAUGUUCAGUUUGAGGAUUAUGGGGAUGCCUUUACAAAGAGGAUGUCUAAUCCAUCAGAGCACUCAUCACUUGAUGAAUUGCUUUCACAACUUCAGAUUGCAGCGUGUGAUCCAUUGGCAGAUAACAGUUUUUCAAAUAUUAUCAUCAGUUUCUUCUCUGAUUUCAGAAAUUCAGCUGUUCUGGACCACUUACCAGUAGACACAGUAGGUGGUAAAAGGAAGUUCUCCAGUGCUAUCAUUGGAUCUGAAACCUUUGAAUUUGAGGAUAUGAAUGAUACUUAUUGGACUGACAGGAUUGUCCAAAAUGGUUCUGAAGAACAGCCAUCACAUAAAGGACAAUAUCAAAUUGUGCCUGUUGAAUUAGAGAAACCACUUCACAGGAGCCGCAAGUCUAGGAAGCGAUAUUCUGAUGGUAAUCAUGAUCUGGGAGAAGCAAAACCGCUUGGUUAUGUCAGUGAGAAUGCUCCAGCAGAAAUUGUUAUGAGCUUCUCUAAUGUAAAUUCCAUUCCUUCAGAAUCAAAGCUGAAUAAGAUGUUCAGGCACUUUGGGCCUUUAAAGGAAUCUGAGACAGAAAUUGAUCGUGAAACCAGCCGUGCUAGAGUGGUUUUCAAGAAAUGUUCUGAUGCGGAAGUUGCCUUUAAUAGUUCUGGAAAGUUUAACAUUUUUGGAUCUGUAGCUGUAGAUUACCAGCUCAACUAUUCUAUAUCUGAAUCAUUCAAAGCUUUGUUGUAUGCUCCAACCCUUGCUGAGGAGACUCAACUAAUUCCCACAACACUAGGUGAGCACACUCCAUUCAUUCCAUCAACCCUUGGCGAGAGCAGUCAUCUCAUUGGUCCAACCCUUGGUGAGGAAGCAUCAUUCAUGGUUUCACACCUUGAUGAGGAGACUUUAUCAAUGCCAGCACCAUUAACUGAGGAAACUCUGCAUUUGGCCACAAGCUUAGGUGAAAGAACUUCACCCACUGUCCCAACCUUUGGUGAGGAAGCUAUGAUUUCUGAUCCAACCUUUGGAGGGGAAAAUUUUCCUAUUGUGACAAGUGCAUAUGAGGAAACACUGCAUGCUGUUCAGACCUUAGGCAGAGAAACUUUGACUUUUUCUACUACUACAACUAUAUAUGAGGAAACUUCAACUGUUGUCACAACUGUAGGGGAGGAAACUGCAACAAUUGCCACAUCUGUUGUUGACAACAAUUCUACUGCUCCUUCAAAUGCAGGUGAGGGAAAUUUGAAUGUUGCCACAACUGUGGGUGAGGAAAUGUCUGUUCAUGCCACAACUGUGGAUGAGGGAACGUCAAUUGUUGCAACAACCUCAGACAAGGAAACUCAACUCUCUGCUACACCCCAGGAUAGGGAAAGUUUGACAGUUGUGACAACAUCUGGUGAUGGAACUUCAACUGUUCCCACAGCCUUGGGUGAGGAAUCUUCAAGUAUUGCCACGACCUUAGGUGAAGAGGUUCCUGCUGUUGCCACCACCGUGGGUGAAGAGACAUCAGCUGUUGUUUCAGCUUUAGGCAAGGAAACCUUGAAAGAGAAAACUUCAACUGUUGUCACCACUGUGUGUGAGGAAUCUUCAACUGUUGCUACCUAUUUGGGUGAAGAGACUGUUGUUUCAGCAGUAGGUGAGGAAACUUCAAGUGUUGCUGCCACAUCAGAGGAGAAAACCACAACUGUUGUGGAAACCUUGAGUGUUGCUGCAACAUCGGAGGAGAAAACCACAACUGUUGCAACCACUGUGCAGGAGGAAACCUUGACCCUUGCCACCACCUUGGAUGAGAAAUCUUCAACUGUUGUCAACACUCUGAGUGGGGAAGCUUCUAAUGUUGCCACCACCUCAGUUGAAGGGGCUGCGGCUGUUAGUACCAACGUUGGUGAGGACUCUGUGACUGUCACCACCACCUUAAGUGAGGAGACUGUGACUGUUGCUACCACUGUUGGCCGAGAUGCUGCUACUGUUGCCACCACCCUCUCUAAGGAGACUGAGACUGCUGCAACAACCUCAGCUGUAGAGACUUCAACAGUUGCCACCACCUUAGGUGAUGAGACUUUGACUGAAGCUGCCACCUUGGGCAUGGUGAUUGCUACUGUUCCCACCUCCUUGUCUGAGGAAACUCCAUCUGCCACCCCAGUCUUGGGUGAGGAAACUUCAACUGUUGUGAUGGCAGUAGAUGACGAGAAACUGACUUCAUCCAAUGCUCCUGGCACUGAAAAUAUACCAACUGAUGUGACACAAACUGAGGAAAUUGCAACUUAGUGUCUCUAGGUGCGCUGUUGACUGUUUUGGUCAAUUGAAGAAUUUCAGGUGAGAAGGUAACCAGUGAAGAAUUGAGAUGGUUCUGUGCUUUCUGGUGCUGAAUUGGAGAGCAGACAGUAAAGGAUGAGAUGGUUCAGUGCUCUCAGGUGUUAAUCAUAAGUAGUUAGACUUGCUACUGGCGAAGGUAACCAGACCAUUAGAUAGAUACUUCAUGUUACGGUCAAGAUUCAGCUAGUGUAAUAUAGUAGCCUUUUAGCCAACCUUUUUGCAAUUGCUAUCCUAUGAGGACUAAUAGAUUCUAGACUAGAGAAUUAUGCCCCUUCAUUCUAUCUCUCUAUUGUCUAUGUGCCUCAUCUUUAUGUAUGUCAUGUUCUGAAAUUGCAGUAGAAUAAUUGCUUUGGUUCAUCGCCUGAGUUGUUAUAAAAGCACUUUGACAUUUAUUUACUUGUGAAGCAGUAGCAGAGCAUGAGGGCUUUUGCCUUGUAUCAUUUCUCUUCAAUUGAAAUUGCUGUAGCUUCCCCUCAUUCCAUCCUCUCACUUUUAUGAUGAAUACAUUCUGUAGUUUUCUUAUGAAUCUUGUAAUUUGUAAUCGCAUGGAAUUAGUGUGGAGUGACUAAAGUCGACUCCAGGAC